AAAUUUUCAAAUUUUGUUUUUGUUUUGGGUUUUCAUAAUUUUUGCAACAAACGAACAAACAAAUUGUUAAAAUAAUUAUUUAUUUAUAAAAGUAAAAGGCUACCUGUGAAAAAUGGCCCAAAUUAUUAAUCCGAAAGAGAAUCUUGCAGCAGCGCUUGGGCCCACCAAAAAAGCGGACCAGGAAAUGGUAACUCCAUAUAAAUUGACUGUAGCAUUAUUUAUAAAGGUUUAUUGCCAAUUUAGGGAGUGCGAGCAAAUAGAAAAUGCAUCAGAAAAGGUGAAAGUCACAAGAGCCUUUUGUUUGCUGUCCUUAAAAAUGUUGCAAGGCUCAGAUGUGAGACUGUACGAGCUUAAAUCCAUAAUGCAUCCGUCAGCGGAAGUCCUUAAGGUCGCCUUCGAAAAAUUUGAUGAGAAUCUAGAAAACUUGUAUACUAAAGGUAUCGAAUUUUUGCUGGGACUUGUUGAUGAAUUAAAACUGGUUCUGAUUAAAGACGAAUUUAAUCGCACUGUUCCAUCUGAUACAACUGGCAGUGCCGCCAAGGGCAUUGUAACAAAAAAUAGUGUUAUUGGACAUUUUUUAAGGCGAUUCAUAGUAUACUUUGAAACGUUAAACUUUUCCGAAGUAAGCGGCUUAUAUCAGGCUUUCAUUCGGUUUUAUGAGGAAUGGAAAAAGGAAUCGCAAAACAGCCUAUCCACGGUUGUAUCCAGUCAAGAGGAAUGGCGUUUGGAUGAGAAACAAUGGUCCAGAAGACAAGCAGAAUUAUUUUUAGCCACUCAAGCGGCUCUAUUACAAAACGACGAAGAGAAAGCUUUGCCGCCACACGAGUUGCAGAAUAAAAUUUCCAGUAUUUUAAAAUCAAACCCUGAUUUAGCUGAAUCGCAUUUCAUGGCAUUUUUAAAUUAUUUAAGAGUUGAAGAGUUUUGUGGGGCCAUACAAAGCUUAUUUCAUUGCUUUGACAGGAGAACUAAUACAGAUGUUAAGUGUUAUAAUGAUGAAAAGAGUAAAGAGCAACGAUAUGCAGCGUUGAACUUGGCUAUUCUUCAUCAUCAUUUUGGAUACACUAAAGAAGCCUUAGCUUCAUUGAGGGAAGCCAUUAAAAUAGCUCACGAAGCCAAUGAUAAUCUUUGCUUGCAGCAUGCUUUAUCUUGGCUUUAUCGUCUUUCGAACGUCAAUAAGGAUAAUCUCAUUGUUCAGUGCAUCAUAAAAACAUUCGAAUUGAAUAUAAGCUACACUACUUCCUUGGCAUUACAAAAUUUUGCUCAUUAUGGCAGUGCAAAAACAUCUGUAAAACCAAGUGUAAUUUUUGAGACACUAACGAAAAGCGACAUGUUAAAUUGCCAACACAACUUCAAAGAUUUAAUUUUCAACAACAACAUGAUGAAAUCGUCAUUGUGGAGGCUUUACGGCAAAACGGAAAUGAACACUCUAUGGGCGCAACUACUUUUGUAUUUAAAUAUUGACACAACCACUCACACCGCUGCUCAUUAUGGCGAAGGUUAUUUACAGGCAGUUUGUAAUACUGCUCUGAAUAUGCUAUCACAAGGAGAGUACGAUCUAGUAAAUCUACUGCUGCAAUAUGCCAAAAAGAAAUAUCCGAACGAGCCCUUGGCCCAUAACUGGAUGCUGGUGGAAAAUUUUGCUAGCUUUACCCGGGCCCUCUAUCACGAAAAAUGGAAGGAGGCCGAGUCUGCGGCUCAAAAAAUUCUCGUUUUGGACAAAUGGGAGGGCUAUCUAAAAUUAGCCGAAUUGUUGUAUCAUCAGCAAGAAUAUGAUGAGGCGACUAAAUGUGAUAACGUGGUUUUACAUAAUUACAACCACGACGAGCACCUGAAUGAUGGUAAAUUUUGUCUACUCCGCGCCAAAAUCCUAGCAACCGAAAUUCAAUACUCCAGUAGUUUUCCUGAUGUAUCCGGGAGUAUGUACGGCCUGAAUAAUUGCCUGAUUGAAGCCGAAAAAUCGGAACUAGCUUAUUUAAUAUCCAUGGUUCACCUGCACAUGGCCAAUGUAUUAUUAGCUUUUGGGGUCAACACUCAAGCAAUUAAAGUCCUGAACAACCCCCGAUGCAUGGUGGAGAUUUUAGCGAAUGGGUCUAUCUACGACAGGGCCAGGGCUAACCUACUCUACAUAAAGUGCAUGAUAGCUGACUCUAGUAGAUUAGACACCGAAAGCAGGGCUGCAGUAAUAUGUAGAGGAGCAAAAUCUUUGGACAAAGUGAAGAACGAUUUUUUAAAAGUCGAGGCUUUUUCUAGGGCCAAGGACGCACUUUAUUUUCAGGCUCAACUCUACAACUCUAUCAAUCUAUGUGAAGAACGAAACAAUAGCUCAUUGGAAUACAGACUGUUAAAUGAGCAAUAUCCCACUAAGAAUACUCAAACUUUAAUAAAAUAUUUGUGAUUUUUUUUUUUUCAAAUAGAACAUUUUUUCUACUGACGUUUCAUAAUACGCCUAAAAUCUGUUUCAUAAUGAACUUCAUUAUGAUACAGAUUUUUCAGCCACUGGAAUCGAGUAUUUUGAACAUGAAAAAUGUUUAUAUAAAAAUAACAGACUUGCUUUGGAAUUUUGGAUUGUUUCUAUUAGUAUUUACCAGAAGAAACAACAAAAAAUUAAUAAAUCAGGUGCGGAAUUUAUGCCCAAAUUACGUCUAUAUCUUAAUUUUUGAAAUUGUCAAGUUGUCAACAAUUGUCACCAGUUGAGAAGUUUACUAUUCUUAUAGAAUAUUAUAACUAUAUAAUACCUUGGUUACGAUAAUCAUAAACAGGGUCUUAACUCCCAAGGGAGUUAAGGAUUUCCUUAACUCCCGCUUUUAUCUAGUAUAGGUAAAACUUUGACAAAAAAUAGAAAUUUUGGUUUAAGGUUUAUUUCUUUAUAAUUCCCUUGAUACAUAAAUAACUAUUUCAUUUAUCAAUGCAAGUAGAAAAAAUAGUGUAUGCAACUCUCAUGUAAUAGCUAUUAAUACACA